AUGCUCACGGGGAAAAAUACCCUCAUGUACGUCAAGGGGUCUCUCGUCGCCAAUAUUUUCCUCUCCGGCCUGCAGCUUUACGGAUCAGUGUCCUCUGGAUCCCUGUCGCUGUUCACCACCAUGGCGGACUCCAUCUUCGAUCCCAUGUCUGGCAGAAUGCUUUACCUAUUGCACCGCGACGUGGACAAGGUCGACCCCAAUAAAUUUCCCUCUGGGGGCGCUCACAUUUUCACUGCGGGCAACAUUGGCCGUGAUCUGGCAGUUGGAUCAGAGGAAGAGACAAAAGGGUUCAACCUGCUAUCGGUCAUCGCUGACACCUACUCGCAGGUUGAUAUUCUCUGGAGAGAUCACCGGAAUGAUAUGCUUAUCAACGGUUUCGGUAUCCUUACCUCCGUGGGUGGUAGUAAGUUGCGAUGGUGGCUUGAUCAUGCUGGAGCCAUCGCCUUAUCGGUUCUCAUUGCCGGGUUCUGGCUGGGAACAGCAUACGAAGAGUUCCAAAUCUUGAUUGGAGUCACCACCGACCGUGAGGUACUUCAACUCAUCACUUAUAUAUCCAUGACGCACUCCCUAGUACUCGAACGGAUCGAUACUGCCCGUGCAUACCACAGCGGCCCACGCUUGCUCGUCGAGGUUGAUAUUGUCAUUGACCGAAACGAGCGUUUGGAAGUUGCCCAUGAUGCCAACCAAGACCUCCAGAUCAAGUUGGAGAAGCAGCCUUGCGUUGAACGAGCCCAUAUCCAUAUUUAUUAUGAGACCCGUCAUAAACCAGUUAGUGAGACUAUGAGCGAUGUUGGACCUUUGCCAAUGUGUGAUUGGGAGCACGGUCUUAAAAAGCUCACGUAA